AUGCAGCCGGAGCCAGCUAAGGAGACCGGGAGGAGGGGCCCGCGGGAGCGAGCGAACAAGGGCGAGCAGGGAGCAGGGGCCCGAGUGGGGCGUGCCCAGGCGGAGCCCCCCAAGCCGGGCUGGGCCCUCACGCUGGAGGGGCUGGCGGCCAUGCGGCCGGCGCAGCGCCGCAGCCACCUGCUCUUCGGCGACCUGCUGGAGGACGUGCGCGCGACCUCUUGUCUCUUCCCGUGCGAGUCAGCGGAGGUGGGGUACCGCAUGCCGGACUCGCGUGCGUGGACGCUGCCGCUCGAGCCACCCGCGCAGCGCCAGGACCGGCUCCUAGGCGUCCUUAAGGCCGCCGAGGCCCGCGGCCGAGUCCGCGCGCUCCGGCUGCGCUACGCCCGCAUGCGGGCGGAGGAGAUCUCGCUCCUCAUUCAGAGCCAGAGGUCCGCGCGCGCCGCCAUCCGGCUGGAGCUGUUCCUGCCGCCGCAGCUGAAGCCCACGAGGAUCCCAGACCCCCUGGACCGGCAAGAGAGGAGGCGAGUGGAGACCAUCCUGGAGGAGAAAGUCCACGGCAGCAUCUUCCCACGUUGA